ACGGUACGUUUGUUUCCAUUUCGUAUUUUGCCGCCAACUGCAGGAGGCGCGGCUUUUGGAUCAUUGCAAUCGUGGCUAACUGUUUUUGGAUUAUUUGUACAUUGUACAGCAAUAAUCGAUACUAUGUCAUACAAAGCGUUAAUUUUAAAUUUAUUUGUACUAAUUGUUACCAAUUUAUAUCCCCGUGAUGUGAGUGCGGACAAGCAGCCCAUAGUGAGGACUCCCCUGGGUGAGGUGGCUGGAUACUACAUGAGCACCCGAGGGGGACGCCAGAUCUCAGCCUUCACAUCCAUCCCAUUCGCGCAACCUCCUCUCCAGUCUUUAAGAUUUAAGGCGCCAGUGUCGUUAGCAGCAUGGAAAGGAAAGCUAGACGCAACGAAGCCCAGUCCGAUGUGUGUCCAGAGGAACCCUUACAUUCGUCAGAAAGAGAUCGUCGGCCAAGAGGACUGCCUCUAUCUUAAUAUCUACACUCCUCGGAAUGAGAAUGAGUUGGGGCGUGAUAAAGAUUUAUUGCCAGUGAUGGUAUUCUUCCACGGUGGUGGUUGGAUGUGUGGAGGGUCGUCCACGGAUCUGUACGGGCCGGAGUACCUCUUGGACCGAGAUGUAGUUCUUGUCGCUACUAAUUACAGGCUGGGUCCACUGGGCUUCCUGUCAACACAAGACGAGCAUUGUCCAGGGAACAACGGUUUAAAGGACCAGCAAGAGGCGUUGCGGUUCAUCCAGAAGAUCAUCCACAGCUUCGGCGGAAACAAGAACUCAGUCACAUUGUUCGGCGAGAGCGCUGGAGGGGCCAGCGCGCACUACCACAUGCUCUCGGAGACUAGCGCUGGUCUUUUCCACAAGGCGAUCUCGGAGUCUGGCACGGCAAUGGUGCCCUGGGCCGAGGCUCCUCCCGGGGAAGCGUUGAGGAACGCGUUCCGCUUGGCCAAACUCCUCAACUGUCCUCAAGCACCCUCCGAACGAAUGCUCACCUGCCUAAGGACCAAAGACAGUUACGAUAUUAUUAACACCGAAUUUCGUUUUUAUGUGUGGGAUUACGAACCAAUGACUCCUUUCAAAGCCGUGAUUGAGCCGGACCUACCCGGGGCAUUCCUGAAGCGCAACGUUCGGAAGGUUCCGGCCGCGCCAGCAGUGCCUUGGAUGACGGGGCUCACCCGCGACGAGGGCUGCCUCAAGUCAGGCUGGAUAACAUCAAAUACCACUAGAUUUCAGGAGUACAUGUCAGGUUUUGAUACUAUAGCCCCAGUGACAUUUUAUUACGAAAACUCACCCUACGUCGACGUAAUUACUAAGAAAAUAAGAAAUAAAUAUCUAAAAGAUGGUGAAUUCGGAGAUAUAAAAUCUGGGAUACUUGAUAUAUAUACAGACUCGUACUUCGCUUAUCCGGUUAUAGAAGCCGUUGAACUCACGUUUAAUUACACUAAAAAACCUGUUUACCUGUACGCUUUAUCAUACAAAGCAAAGAACAGCUUUUCAGAAAUAUUCGGAGUUCCCGACACUGAUAAUUAUAUAUGCCACGCUGACGAUCUCAUGUACCUGUUUCCAAUCUAUUUUCUGAGUAAAGCGCCGUCGGCGCAAGAUAUUGAAAUGAGUAAACUUAUUGUUACGCUGUGGACCAAUUUUGCAACGAGCGGAAAUCCAAACAAACCAGUGAGAGUUCCGUUCAAGUGGAGUGCAGCGAGUUCUGGGAAGAAGAUGGAAUACUUAGACAUCAAUGCCAACCCUAGUAUGAAGCGCGACCUCGCGUCCAGGUCGCGUUUCUGGGGCUCACUCCCUCUGUGGCACAACGUGCGCACGCGCCGGUUCCUUGACGAAUUAUGAUUAAUUAUGAUGGCUAUUAAUAAACAUUUUUAUCUACGACCAUGCUGUAAAUCCUCUAUGAUUUUUUUGUUAUGUGGAUACCAUGCGUCGUGCCACCCAAUGUCUACUAAAGACUACUUUUAUUAUUUAAAGCAUGGCUGUACUGUAGCAGUGCUUUAUUUUCUAAUGAAUAUCAUACUAAUACCCAAAUCAGUGUUAGGUAUGAUUAAAUGAUGAUUAAUUAAACAGAAAAUCAUAGCACUA